AUGGGUCAAGAUCUGUUCCCUGACGGGGCCGUGAUUCAACACAUCUUCGAGGAGGCGAUCCCGGACUACAGAAUCUCCAUUCUUCUACAAGACUGGAAUAAAUGUAUCUUCAAGGUUGACCCAGAUGCUUCUUUGACUGGCCGGUACAAAAGACCAGUCGUUGUUCGCCUGGAGACUACAGAGCAGUGCACAGUCUCUGAGUUUGCCUUGACCGCUGAGCUUCAGAGGCUAGCAUCAGACACUCUUCCAGGGACCGUGCCCGCGGUGCUGCAGUUUGGCAAGGUGAGCAGCGCGGGCGGAUUGGAAUACUGCUUCUCAAUCGUCGAGUUCGUCGAAGGGGUCACGUUGGACAGUGUCUGGGCCGACUUGAACGAAACGAGCAAAGAAGCGGUGGUCAACGACAUCAUCGACGCGCUCAAACUGCUUCACGCACGAGGUUUACGCGACGAAAACCUUCAGACUGUCUUGGAGCAAGCAGCAGACAACCAGAAAGAUGUUAGAGCGCCGAAGACACUUUAUUUUGGGGGCGCACACACCAUGAGUCUGACAAUUGGUGAAGCGCUCCUGGACGCCAUUAUGGAAAGAUGGAAGCUAAAACAGCCGUUUUGCGACGUUGCAAAAGAGGAAAACUUGAAGAGUAUCACAAUCAAAUCGAGAUUUAGUGAUUUGGGCUCUGUGACCAUAGGCCAGCAUGAAAUGGGCCAGUGGCUAGAGGAAGCCGUUCUAUGCCACAACGACUUGACACCCAACAACAUUCUUCUGAAAAGGACAUCAACCAGCUCUUCAGAAAACAGCACGGAAUAUAGGCUGGCCGCCAUUAUCGACUGGGAGUUGGCUGGACUGUAUCCUGCUGCGUAUGAAACGCAACUUCAGGAUACUUAUCUUGCGGGAGGCAAUCGCCAUGUAUCAUUCUACUUGAUGAUGAAGAAAGCAAUGAAGGAUAUUGUGCCCUGCAAUCAAGCGCAACAGACCUUGCUGCAAGCGAUGGAGCUGAUUUAUGAGUCUAAGCAUCGAUAUCUUUAUAAAGGCUCCAAGAUCCCUGCUCAUAUACGCACACGUUUCUUGAAAUAUUGCAACUUGACCAGAGAUCAGGAUGUCUUUGCAGGCUGGGUCAAUGAAACGGACGAUGUUCCAGAAUACGAUGCCGAUGCUAUACAGCAGAUUGAGGAUGACGUUAUCGCUGAAACCAUGGCGCGCUGGGCGGUGGAGGAGCAGGCCGAGAAGGAAAAGGCCCAGAAAGAGAAUUCUGAACAAGAGCAAUCUGAACAAGAGCAAGCUGAACAAAAGCAGCUUGAAAAGGAGAAGAUCGAGCUGGAACAAGUUGAAAGGGAGGCAACUUGA